GGUUUGUUUGUGACAUCGAUUUUCAUAAAUUUACUUCCGCAGAUUUGUAAUUACGUUUGCUAUCCUUUCAACUUUUUUUACACUUAUUUUUUGAAACAAUGUCUAAAAUACGUUUUUAUAAUUUUCCCGAAAUGGUAUCAAACGAUCUUCACGAGGAAAAUAUACCAAUAUCAGUGUCUAACAAUAAUAAUAAUGACGAAAUUAACGAUGACAAUGAAGACGAUUCCGAGUUCCUACAAGAUGUUCCUUAUUCAUCCAGCAGCCUUGAUCGCAGUUCAAUAGGAUCAAUACCAUGGGCUGACGAUGCCAUAAAACAAAAUCAAUUAGAUUGGGAACAAGUUGAGCGUAUGCUUUCUAGUGAGGAGACACUGCCAGACGAACCAGAUUUGCGUAACGAGAUUAUAGAAUGGCAGACGAAGUUUCCACAGUUAUUAAAACAAAAACAAGCACAUGAAAUUGGCGAAAAAAUCGUUGAUAAUUCAAAAGCAAAUAACAGUUUAACACAAAAUAUUGAUGAUGACUUAAUUUCACAUUUGAGUUUGAACAGUUCUGAUGACGAAGACAAGUAUGAUGAGCUGGCUACGCCCACUAUUACUGGAGCACGACGGAUCGAAACAUUAGAAGGUCAGUUUUUAGGAAGGAAAAGUGCCAUAAGUAAAUCAUACGCAGACAGACUCUCAGCCAAAAUGGCUUUAUUGCGUGUAACAGCAAUUCCACUACGAACAAAACAUCGAAAUGAUACUAUUAAAGUAGUACGACAACAGACUUCAACAGAUCGUGAGCACAGUGGUACAUCUAGUUCAUUGCGAUUACGUAAAAUAUCAACGAGUAAGCCUCAAUCUAUUAUGCAGUCGCCUGUACUGAUUCAUGAAAACACGCCUUUUGACACGCAACACAAUUUUCGUAUGCCUCCAAUUUUAAAUGUACUGGAAAGUAAACGACGUUUUCGAGAUUUGGCCUCGAACAAAAGCUUUGUGCAAUUGACUCAAGUGAAGGCAUCUCACGCUAAAUCCGCAGCUAUAAUAAGACAGCCAGAAAAUAAUUUAUCAAUUGGUCAUACACCAAGGGCUACAAUUUUUACGGGCCAUCAUCAAACUGUUUGGCAAAAACCUCUAAUUGCUAACCGUGUGAGCAGUAAUUUUUUCAACAAUCGAAAUGCCAUUAUAUUGCCUUCCCUGCAUGCAAAAGGCAUCAGCGCUCAACAUCAGCGUCGAAAUAGUACAACAUCCAGUACAGGUGCGGGUACAAGAACACAAAGUUUAUCGAAUUCCAAUGUAGGUUCUUCAGCUAACAGCAGCGGUGAUUUUAAUCUACGGCCGCGGAAUGCGGUGGAUCGUUUUGUGUCACGCUGGCAGCAAAUCAAUGCCAAUACUUCAACUUCUACGGGAACUGUUUCAACCGGUCGCUCAAUCUCAGCAGCAGUUCAUGCGCGCGGAGAAGUCGGAUUGCGAGAGUUGUAUGUGCCAUAUAAUGCCUUCAAACAUGAUGGUUUUAAAUAGCGAUCACAAGCGUGGCGGUUUGUAUAAUGCGCCACGAUUUUUACAACACAUGAAAAACAGUGUUUCGAAUACAAGAAAAUAUUAAAUUAAAACCAAAUAAUGGAAAAUUAUUCUUCUAAUGCACUUUUAAUUUCUUUAGAUUUGAAUGAAUAAAACUAUUUCAAAGAACUGCCAAUAUUUCUAGUUUUCGAAACAUUGUACAACAAAAACUAUACUUACAUAAUUUGUACAAAUAAAAUUUGUAAAAUUGCAGUGCAAUUAUAUAAGAAGUGCCUUUUAAGCGUUAAAGUUGUGUUAACGUUUUGAAAAGAACUGUGUGAAAAUAAAUUUUGAAAAC